AUGGGUAGUAACACAAAAGUCAAAUGUAUCUUUUGUAAUGAGACAUACAAUGGCGGAAUAUUUCGUCACAAAAGGCAUCUUUUCGGUGGCUAUAGAGAUGUAAAAGUAUGUCCGAAUGUCCCGGAUAAAGUGAAGGAAGAGAUAAAAGAAUAUUUGUUGAAGAAAUAUGAGUUUAAAACUCAAAUGAACCAUGAAGCAUCCAUGGUUAAUCUUUUUGAUAAUGAUGAAAUGGAUGAUGAUGAAAUUGAAGUGAAUAUGCCAAUGGGGCCUACCUCAAAGCAUCAAAGGAUGCCUUCAAGUAGUGGGAGUGGAUCUUCCAUCAAUAGCACUAUCAAGGGUCCUAUGAAUCUCUAUUUUUCGCAAAAACCAAACGAAAAGAGAAAAGGUGGACCUAUUGACUUAGAAUCUUCUAGAAAGAAUUUGAGGGAUUGUGUUGUAUCUGCUUUUGCUAGGUGGAUGUAUGAUCCAGGGCUUCCUUUCAAUUGUGUUAAUUACACCGAGAGUUUUGGUGAAUUCAUUGAGGCAGUCGGCCAAUAUGGCCCUGGAAUGAAGCCCCCCACCUAUCAUGAGACUAUCACGAAGAUAGGUGAGGAAAAUGUGGUACAAGUUGUGACUGAUAAUGCAAGUGAGAACAAAAAAGCGGGUAACAUGUUGAAGGGAGUGUUCCCACAUAUUUUCUGGACUCCUUGUGCUGCUCACUGUAUCAACUUGAUGUUUGGUGACAUUUUCAAAGAAGCCCUAUAUUCUACAGUUUUCGUUAAGAUACAUGCUUAUAUCAAUCAAAGGGCACUGUUGUUGAAUAUGAUGAGGAGAUACACAAAGCAAAGAAAUUUGGUAAAACCCGCCAAGACAAGAUUCGCAACAGUUUUUUUGACUUUGUAUAGUUUUUAUAAGCAAAAGAAAAAUUUGAGAACUUUGUUUAUGUCAACUGAAUGGAAUGAGAGUAUCUAUUCAAAGGAAACUCUUGGUAAAGAAGUUGUGAGACACAUCAUUAGUCCAUAUUUUUGGAAUGACGUUGUUCAAGCACUCAGAGUUGGUGGUCCUUUAAUUCAUGUACUUCGUAUGGUGGAUGGGGAGAAAAAACCACCAAUGGGUUACAUUUAUGAAGCCAUGGACAGGGCCAAAGAAAGUAUUGAAAAGGCAUUCAAUUAUGAUACAAGGAAAUAUAAGAGUGUUUUUUAA